AUGUAUGACACCAGUAUCGUUGAAGUAAGACGGAUGAUGAGGAUUUUGUAUAUAAAAAUAAGAACCAUGGUUUGCUUGCUUCGAAUUCGUAUAAUUUUCUACACGACAGUAAUAUUAAUGCAUUUGUCUAAUGUCUUAUAUAUGACAUGGUAUGUGACACAGAGCCACUAUAAAGAUGAGAAGGCACUUAUCUUUAAAGACUUGGAAUACCGGUUCUUCACAACGUGGAACUUUGUACUGCAAGUAGUUUACAGUUUAUUAGGUCUAGCGUGUGAUACUUUGCUGCUAAAGAAUUCAAGAAAGAAGAAUUAUCAACUGCCAGAAGCAAUGAGCGACUUUAGAGAGGUUGUUUACUCUGGCCUAGUGUGGCCCAGCAGUUUAGUUGUGUUCUCAGUAUUUUGGAGCGUCUACGCCUUUGACAGAGGGCUCAUCUACCCAGAAUUUCUCGAUACAGUCAUACCACCCAUUUCAAACCACGUGAUACAUACGGUGAUUUUUCCCGUGGCGCUGUUUGAACUUGUGUUCAGGCCGAGGUUCGAACCCGAGACUCAUGCAAGGAACGUCGCUCAGUUGUGUCUUCAUCUGUCGGUGUAUGUGUGCGUGCUCUUCUUUACUUUCCAAGAACGUGGAAUCUGGCUCUACCCCAUUUUUAAACAGCUAUACGGAACAGUGUAUUUCCCUCUCGCUCUAGGCUGCGUUGGAUUUCUAUUCUUCAUCUUCUACUACUCACAAUGGCCAUUGACAAAGAUGAUACAUGGAUCCAAGAAUAAGCAGCCGAAGAAGACACAGGCCGAUAAAAAGAAGAAAAAUAAAUGA